UAGGAAUCCAUCCCACUGAGGAAACGCACUCCGUUGCUACCUAAGCCAUCCACUCCUGACACCAUGUACUGCAACAACUUCUCCAGUGCUGUCUUCCCAGGAUGCUACUGGGGCAGCUAUGGCUACCCGCUGGGAUACAGCGUGGGCUGUGGCUAUGGCAGCACCUACUCCCCAGUGGGCUAUGGCUUUGGCUAUGGCUACAACGGCUGUGGGACUUUCGGCUGCAGGAGAUACUGGCCAUUUGCUCUCUACUGAUUGGCUGAAAUCCCCGAGGCAUAGAAUCUUCUUUUCCUUGAAGGCUGAGCAGCACAUCUCCAAGUUCCUCCCGUAUCCACUCCUUCAGUCCUCAUUUGCUCAUCAACCUCAGAGACACUGCUUUCCAACCUGCCUCGAGUCCCAGGGGAGGAAAAUGAAAAACCAGAUGCUUCCUUAAGCUGCCUCCCCUGGCUGAUGUUCUCUGGGACAUAUUUGGAAACUUGACAUCUCUCUUGGACAUGCACUACUUUUGAAUUUUUCAUGACACUCAUGACUUGUCAUAAUGAAGUCGUGGAUAUGUCUGUCAAAAUCUCAAUAAACUAGUUUCAACUGGCAUCAUAUUCUCA